GUGUGUGAUGUGUUUUCGUGUUUGGAUUUACGAGUGCUCUUAGAACGUUGGCGAAUUGAAAAAAAAAAGUGUUUUUCGUUGAAAAAUAGUGGGUUUUCGUCGGUUUUCCGUGCAUUCUCGAUUUCUGCACUAGCCGCACUCCACUUUCGUCACAAUGGCCGAUCCGUUAAGUUUGCUGCGGCAGUACAACAUCAACAAAAAGGAAAUCAUCGAACGCGAUGGCCAGAUCAUAUUUGGCGAAUUUUCCUGGCCGAAAAAUGUCAAAACAAAUUAUCUAAAAUACGGAUCUGGUAAAAAGGGGGCUCCCAAAGAAUACUACACACUCGAGUGUUUGCUGUACAUUUUGAAAAAUGUGGGACUACAGCACUCCGUUUACGUUCGGCAAGCAGCCGCCGAGGAUAUUAAUGCCGUAAACCGUCCCGAUCGUAAAGAAUUGCUCCAAUAUCUCAAUGGCGAAACGAAUACCUGCGCCAGUAUCGACAAGAGCGCUCCACUUGAAAUUCCGACUCAAAUCAAAAGACCAGCCGACUCGGACGCAUUGGACACGCUUGCCAAGAAGGCUCGCUACGAGGAUACACAGGUUCAGAAAGUCAAAGAACAAUUGGCCGCCCGUCUCGAUGUCAACAAGAAGGAAGCCUCCGUCAACAUUGACAACAUCAAAUCCCUAUCGGAGACUAUGUCCGUGGAAAAGAUUGCUGCUAUCAAAGCGAAGCGUUUAGCCAACAAGAAAGUCACCAUCAAAAGAACGGACAAUGAUGACACUAUGGGCGUAGGGCCAGAUUUAAGGGCAAUCCUGGAUUUCGAUGUCGAUUCUACAAAGGACAUCAUUAGCAGGGAACGUCAGUGGCGUACUCGAACGACUAUACUGCAGAGCAAUGGGAAAAUCUUUGCCAAGAACAUUCUGGCCAUUCUGCAAGGUAUUAAAAACCGCGAGGAAGGUCGGGGUCGGCCUCAGGCACCGGUCAUCAAGCUGCCAGAACCACCACGUGUAAAUCGGCCGCAACCACAGCCGGCACAGUAUAAUCGUUACGAUCAGGAACGAUUCAGUCGUCAGAAAGAAGAAACGGAAGGCUUUAAGAUCGAUACCAUGGGUACCUAUCAUGGAAUGUCUCUGAAGUCGGUGACGGAAGGCUCGGGAGCGCAAAAGAAAGCCCAGCAACAGAACAACAGUCCAAUAUCGACGAAUCUUCCACCGGGGCGGCCAAAAGAACUGCUACAGACGGUACAGGCUCGCAUGUUGCCUCAGAGUAAUACUAACAAGCGUCAAAGCAAGACGCCCAUCAUCGUCAUCCCAGGAGCCACUACAAGCUUGAUCACCAUGUACAACGCUAGGGAUGUUCUACAGGAUUUGAAGUUUGUCACAUCCGAGGAGAAGAAGACCAAGGGCUGCGUUCGAGAGAACGAGGUCCUGAUCCAGCGUCAAAAACCCGGAGGAUUAACUGUACCGUAUCGCGUAAUCGACAACCCGUCGAAGCUGUCGGCCCAAGAUUGGAACCGCGUUGUUGGGGUAUUUGUGAUGGGUCCUGCCUGGCAGUUCAAGGGCUGGCCGUGGGAUGGAAAUCCAACUGAAAUUUUCUCAAAAAUUGCUGCCUUCCAUUUGCGCUAUGACGAGAUGAAACUGGACGCAAACGUUGCCCGUUGGUCCGUAACGGUGCUAAACAUUUCUCGAACCAAGCGGCAUCUGGAUAAGGCUUCCAUUAUGGUGUUUUGGGAGAAGCUGGAUAUGUACAUGACUAAGUACAAGCCGGAUCUCCGCUUCUAAAAGGCAUCAGUCGUUUUCAGCUUGCGACAAGUUUACGAAUAAACAUUAAUUGUAAUCAGCACUUAUUGAUGAACCGAUAGUGUGUAGAUUCAGGUAGAUUGUUUGCUACAUUAUACAAAAUAGAUACUUUACCCAGGCAGAAGCUCCCCCUUGUGCAGCAUCAACACAUUUAUCAGUUCGUGAACAGAUAAAGUUUGUCUUUGAUUUCUAAAAUGCUAAUAACAACUAUUAGGUACAUGCUCUAAUAAGACCGUGAUAGCAUGGAUGUCGCUGUCAUUUUGAAUUAAGUUACUUCUUAGAACCAAUAAACUUAC